AUGCCAAGCCAUGAAGAAGAUGGACACCAGACGGGACAUAUUGAUAAUGAUGGUGAACAAACCCAGACUGGACAGACCCAACUCCAAGACACACUCAAAUGGUUGAACGAGAACUACGAGAGGGCAGAGGGUAUAUGUCUACCAAGAUGUGUAUUAUACACGCAUUAUCUAGACUUGUGCAAAAAGAGGUUGUUUACUCCAGCUGGGGCAGCCACAUUCGGAAAGAUUAUUCGCCAGAUGUUUCCGAAGCUGACUACACGACGACUUGGAACACGAGGCCAAUCGAAGUACCAUUAUUAUGGCAUCGGAAUCAAGAAAACAUCUAUCUACUACCAUUCAGUGUAUUCUGGAAAGGGACUCACAAGAUUUUCAGAAACAAAAGUUAUAACUGAGGGGUCGGCUCGUAAAUUUUCUCUGAGCUCCAAGUCUGGAACCCUACUUCCUGAUUUUCUGAAGGCCGGAAAUUUGAUAAUAGAAGAGGAAAACAGCUCCGAAAAGGUGGAAACAUUUCUACUGAUGUACCAAACCCAUUGCCAGCGUAUUUUAGACACCGUUGUGUCUUCAAACUUUGAAGAGAUCCAGAACUUCUUACUUCACUUCUGGCAAGGAAUGCCGAAACAUAUGCAGCCACUUCUGUCAUGUGACGUCAUUAUUGACGUCAUUGCUUUAUGUGAUUCUGUUUUGUAUAAAGUUCUUAUAGAUGUGUUAAUACCAUCAAAGAUUCAGGAUAUACCAGAGGGAUUGCGUAUAGAUAUCUUAACAUUUGCUAAGAAAUUCCCCGUUUGGCUAGACAGCUCUUUGGAUCAAAUGAGCAAAAAACUUCGACUACGGAAAAUGAAAGUGUUGUCGUCAUUUGUAAGAAGUUUGCGUAGACAAGUUUCAUUUGUUCAUUUAGCACAGACAGCUAGAGGUGUGCUGUUAAAUCACGAAGCAGUCAAUCAAAUGACACGAGAUCUCGUUGAACUGAACUUGAGCGAAAACUUCAGCUACAAAGAUAUGAGCCAAUCAGUGAACAAUAUCGCUGAAGCAGUGCUACGAGAGUUUGAAAGUCUGUUGUCAAAGCAAGCUCCGUUGGAAGCAUUUGUUGAAUGGAUUGAUAGUCUUAUUGACAGAUUCGUAUUGAAGGAUGAUAAACUAUCCGAGUAUUCUGACCGUUCUGCUUCCUUUAUGCUGAAAUGGACUUUCUUCACUUCGAAGAUUGUCAGAGAUUUGACCCUGAAAAGUGCUGUUAGUUUCGGAUCACUGCACGUUGUCCACAUGAUGCUCACCGAGUAUACGUUUUUGGUGAUAGAAAGUCAACAUGACAAACAAACCCACGAGAAUAUGGUGAAUGUCGUACAAAGGAACAUGAAACAAACAGAGGAAAUCAGUACCAAAUCAACGAUCAGAUCUUCUAUACAGAGACCUUCUAAUGCCUCAGCAAAUGGUGCAAAAAACAAACGCAGGAAACUUUCUACUAAAACUGAAACAAGUCCUUCUAAAACGGACCCAUCUACGCUCAUUGGAGACACUCAGCCCAAGUUCACCGAGGACACCAACAUUAACACACAGCAUGAUGUCAAUAAUACAUCACUACUUGAACAGUACAGUGAAUCAUACCAAGCUAACACACUAGAUCAGGUCAACAGUUGUACAUUUCGGCCUUUUUGUCAGAAGAAGAAUCUGCAGCCAGUAAACAGCAACAUGCCAUACAAUGACAAUGAGCCACAAAUUGGAUACCCAUCUGUGUAUGGGAAUUACCCUCUUCAUUCCACUCUGGUAGACCCAUCCUACAAUAGCAGACAACAAUAUCAUCAUCACUUCCCUGUUACAUAUCCCAAGUGCACCUUAGCUUCAGAAGAAGGUCCUGAUUACUCUGUCUAUACAACCAAAAGAUAUGAGCUUCCAGGCACAGGUCAACAUCCGGGCUAUUUACCUCACGGGCAAUUAGACGGCUGUUACAUGAACUUCAGACCCAAUGACUCCCUGGAGGAUAUACACCGGCAUACUUACCUACGGUUUAAUUCAAGUUAUAAUGAUAUGAUAGGAUAUCAACCUCGACAUAUUAUGGCUCCAUCAUGGCUCCAUCCUAGCUCUGAUGGAUGUUUCCAAGAACCCACACUAUCUACAGUUGAAAAUGAAGCCACAAACAGUAGCUCUGCUGGAGGGAGUAGCAAUUCUCGUUUUAUGGAAAUAGUUCAUAGUGGAAGAGACCAAGCCGCUUCUUAUGAGACACCUGUUGAUUAUGACAUGAGUAAACUAUGCCCCGGUAACCCUUG